GUUAUUUUAACAUCUUUCAGAAAUAACUGGUAAAAAGACUUCUGUAGCCAUGGCUAGUUCUGAUGUGAAACCAAAAUCAAUAAGUCGUGCCAAAAAAUGGUCAGAAGAGAUAGAAAAUCUGUACAGAUUUCAACAAGCAGGAUAUCGGGAUGAAAUUGAAUAUAAACAAGUGAAACAAGUUUCUAUGAUAGAUCGGUGGCCAGAGACAGGAUAUGUGAAGAAACUUCAGAGAAGGGACAAUACUUUCUAUUACUACAACAAACAGAGGGAAUGUGACGACAAGGAAGUCCACAAAGUGAAAAUUUAUGCUUACUAG